AUGGCUUCACCUUCAUCUGCAAGCACCCGAUUCGAAGAAAAUGAAGCAGAAUGGCCAUACCCAACUCGUGCAGCUAAAAGACGCAAGCGCCCUUCCGCUGCAGGUACUUCAGGCCCGUCGCCUCGUGAAAUCGGAUUCAUGAGAGAGUCCCAAAACGAUGGGUCCGCUACAUUCCUCGGAAGUUCUAGUGGAAUUCACUUCGUUAGGAACGUUUAUAAUGCUUUCGCGCGCCGUUCAGCGGAUUUGGACCAGACACGAACCCGUGACCGUACCUCGGUCCCAGGCGAAGAAGACCGUCUACGGCGAAAUGUGGGAAAUGCUCAUAGUGCCGAUGAUUUGUGGACUCGAGAAGAACUAAAUUUCGCGCCUAAUGCUUCAUUCGAUUUCAAUGACCUUGUCAAGUGGACGCGCAGCUAUUUUGAGAAUUGGCAUCCGAUUUUCCCGUGUCUCCAUGCCCCGACAGUCUUGAAACUCAUGGAGACAGCGAGCCAGAAAGGAGUGGAUUCAGUUAGCCGGUUGGAGACGAUGAUCCUCCGAUCUAUCAUGUCCAUAUCCCUCUGUGAUAAUCGGCAAAAAACAGCAUCAGAAUCCAAGCUGGGUCCCAUUCCUUCAGUCUUGGUCUUUCGCACCAUUCCUCAUGUGACGCAUGAAGUACAAAGCUUGCUUGAAGAGCCUACCACACUUCCAUUGCUGCAAGCCGCAUUUACUGCACAGCUUGCUCUCACUUCGCUUCUCCGCCUGAACGCCGCUUCGCGCGUCGGGGGAGUCAUCACUCGAACUGCAUUCCACCUUGGGUUGCAUCGCUGCCCAGCGCGAUUUUCGUGCUUCAGCAGUGAAGAGGCGGACAUCAGAUGUCGGUUAUUCUGGUCGGUCUACUCUCUUGAGAGAUAUCUUUCCCAAGCCCUUGGAAUCCCCCUCAGCAUUCGGGACGAUGAUAUCGAUGUCUGCUACCCAGGAACUGAGCGGCACUCUUCUACUGUUCCGAGAAAUUUGGAUAACCCGCGACUGCGAUUACUACGCCAUCUCGCAAAAUUUGCACGGGUCAGAGGCCUGAUUGUGGAACUUCGCAACAAGUCUAUUCUGCACAGUCAUGCCAGUCAGGUUGAGGCAGCCCACGUUUCUGGAGAACUUUCGAAAUGGUGGAACGAAGUCUACGAUGAUGCAAACCCGUUCGGGGAGCCUGCAGAUACAGGCAUCGAACAUGAGGUACUCUUGCUGCCCUAUCACCGGCUGCUUUUGAUGAUCCUACGACACGAAGCUAUUAUCUCACUAAACCGUCCUCUUUUAGCGGCCGAAAACUCCAGCGCCGAUUAUCAAAAUGCAUUGCAGACUUGCAUUGGAUCAUCGCGAUCUAUACUUGCAGCUUUGAAAAAGCAUGUAUCCUCUCCGUCGGAAGCUCCGCUCUCCUGGCCAUGUUUUACGUGGUCAACUUGGAUGGCAUGUCUGAUUCUGAUGUAUGCAGCAUCGGAAGAAGAAUUUGCCGCGCCCACCGCUAUCAAAUACGCUAGAAUGGGGAUCACAAUUUUGGAAAACCUAUCAUUACGCGGUAGCAGCUGGCCAGAAACCUGUAUCGAGGCGAUCAAGGGCAUGGAGUCUGCCUUGACACAGACAUCCGACGGUGCACAAUUCAAGAGUACUCCAACACCAAACAGACCGGAAAGGCCCGCUACAACCUCAAAUUCCAUCGACAGAAGAAUGUCCCAAUUGUCGCCAAUUCAGGACAGAACUCACGAGGUAGGCGAUACAAACCUCACAACAGUCCGUCCUCAGAAACUACGGACAGGAGCAUAUCAAGAGCGUCCAGCUUCUAUGGGAAUCCAACCUUUCGAUUCUUCUGUUCGCUCGACUGCGGGCCUUGGCCCCGAAGAAAAUUACGAAUCGGCUAUUUUUUCACCCUCGGACAAUAUGGGCAACUUCGGUGAGGUGCUGGACUCCACUGGAAACAACUUCAACGGGCAAUCGUCAGCUGAACUGAUAUUCGGCAGCACAGCUGACAACUAUGGCGUCUUCAAUCCGAGUUUUGCAGGCCAAGAUUGGUUGCCAUUGACAUCAUCCAUGUCCAUGAACGAUUUAUGGAGUGUUGCCGAUGGCCCCUGGAUGAUCCAUAACAAUUUCCUUUGA